AUGUGCCUGUGAAAUGUCCCCAGGGUGGGGGCAUUUGAUCACCUGAACGGACCCUAGUGUGGGGCAUUUGAACGGCAUUUUGGCCCGGGCAGGGGGGAAUUUGAACAAUAAUUUUCAAUAAAGUCGAAUGCCCAGGGGGUUGCCCAGGGGGGAAUGUUGAAGCUUUGAUUUGACCGAUAUAUAAAUUUGUAGAAAAUUCCAAGCCGCCCUAUAUUUUCGAAACGAUUUUCGGGUUGUUUUGCUUAGAUAUUGAAAAAAAAUAUAUUUGUUACCACCAUGUUACACAAAAUAGACAAAUUUCCUGGCCAAAUGACAUUCUUUAUAAAUUUUGAAACAUUUUUAUGCAGAAAUAUGCCUUGUUAAUUUUUUUUGCGGAAUAUUAUGAGUUUCCUGAGACGGAAUUUUUUUUUUUCUGAAAAUUAAAUUUUUACCUUUUCCAAUGAAAUGUAGCUUUAUAUGGAACUGCAAAUAACAACAGAGUCGAUAUAUGAUUUUUUAAAGUUGCAUUGUCAAAAAUAGUUUUUAAAAGCUAAUUUGUUAAAAAAAAAAUGUGAAAAUGUGGUGGUCUCGUGCUUGAUGAGUCAGAAACUGGAUCUAGCAUGGUGGGUUCUGGUCUCGGCUGUGCUAAAGAGUUGUUUCCUUGCAUAUUAAAGCAGCUGUCUUUCCAUAUAGGUUUGUAAUUGGAUACCAGUGUCAUACUGCUCUAGAUAACUCUUUCUGGGGUCUUAUCAGCCUGGUGGGGAUUGCGGGGUUUGUUGUAGUUGUUAAGCUUUUGGGUGCCAUGUGCUACUGAAGUCAGAAUAGGCUAUGUUAAUAAUUAUGGACCUUUCUGGCUUGCAGUUUGCCUUUGUUAAAACUUGUUGUUUGCUCAGAUAAUUAAAUGUUAUGUCAGUUGUCGAGGUGUAUUAUCUUUGUAUUUCACAUUACUAGAUUCACCAUAAAUACCUGGCUGCAGAUUUUGAUGAAGAUUUGCGAGCGUUGCUCAGACGAGCAGGUUGUAAGAACGAGAAGAUUGUCUUCAUUUUGGAUGAGUCCAACAUUUUGGAGUCAAGCUUCCUGGAAAGAAUGAACUCUCUUUUGGCAAAUGGAGAGGUAAAAAUAUAUAGAUAUAUAUUAUGGAUUGAAAUAUAUGGUAGGGGAGGUUUCAAUGCUCUUCUAUUGUAAAGACCACUGUACACAAUGUCCCUUUGAAUGGGGUCUCUGUUCAAAAAUAAUUAUUUCUAAGUACCUCUCAGUAGCUCUCAUUCCACUUUCAUCUAUAAAUUAAGAACGUGGAACCGUCUUUUAUGGCUUAAUAGAUAGUGAAAGUAUCAUAUGCCACUAUAAUCCUUUGUAACCCCCUGUAACCCCUUGUAACCCCUUGUAACCCUUGUAACCCUCUGUAACCCCUUAACCCCCUGUAUUCCCAUGUCAUAGAUCGUGAAAAUAAAUAGUGAAAAACGAUUUUUUACGUUUUAUAUAGCAAACAAGCCUUUCUGAACAACGAAAACAUCGGUUUCAAAAACCCACAAAAUUGACAUUUUUCCAUGGUUUUGGUCAAAAAUUGGAAAUUUUGUUAACGUUUCGUUUUAUGCAAAAAUACAGCGAGAAAAAGUAUUUGGUGACGUUCUCGUUAGAAAACAAGCCUUUCUAGACAAUAUAAACAUUGAUUUAAAAAGAAGGCAAAAUUGGCAUUUUCGCAAAGGCGAUAGUCCAUGAUUUUGGUCAAAAAGUUGAAGUUUUUUCAUCUUUUGUGUUUAUCAAAAAUAGAUGGAAAAAAAGUGUUUGCUGACGUUCUAGAUAAAAAAGAAGCCUUUAAAGACUAUAAAAACAACUGUUUAUGAAAAACGCAAAAUUAGAAUUUUUCCAAAGGGGUUAGUCCAUCGUUUUGGUCAAAAAUUUGAGAUUUCUUCAAGUUUGAUUUUUUAUACAAAAUAGAGCAAGAAAAAGUAUCUGGGAACGUUCUAGUUAGAAAAAAGUUUCUAUAAUCCUUUGUAACCCCCUGUCACCCCUUGUAACCCCCUGUAACCCCUUGUGACCCCCUGUAACCCUUUGUAACCCCCUGUCACCCCUUGUAACCCCCUCUCACCCCUUGUAACCCCCUCUAACCCCUUGUAACCUCUUGUAACCCCUGUCACCCCUUGUAACCCCUUGUAACCCCCUGUAUUCCCAUGUCAUAGAUCGUUCAAAUAAAUAGUGAAAAACGAUUUUUUACGUUUUAUAUAGCAAACAAGCCUUUCUGAACAACGAAAACAUCGGUUUCAAAAAGCCACAAAAUUGACAUUUUUCCAAAGGGGUUAGUCCAUGGUUUUGGUCAAAAAUUGGAAAUUUUGUUAACGUUUCGUUUUAUGCAAAAGACACCGAGAAAAAGUAUUUGGUGACGUUCUCGUUAGAAAACAAGCCUUUCUAGACAAUAUAAACAUGGAUUUAAAAAGAAGGCAAAAUUGGCAUUUUUGCAAAGGGCAUGGUCCAUGAUUUUGGUCAAAAAGUUGAAGUUUUUUCAUCUUUUGUGUUUAUCAAAAAUAGAUCGAGAAAAACUCUUUGCUGACGUUCUAGAUAAAAAAGAAGCCUUUAAAGACUAUAAAAACAACUGUUUGUGAAAAACGCAAAAUUAGAAUUUUUCCAAAGGGGUUAGUCCAUCGUUUAGGUCAAAAAUUUGAGAUUUCUUCAACUUUGACUUUUUAUGCAAAAUAGACCAAGAAAAAGUAUCUGGGAACGUUCUAGUUAGAAAAAGGUUUCUAUAAUCCUUUGUAACCCCCUGUAACCCCUUGUCACCCCCUGUCACCCCUUGUAACCCCCUGUAACCUCUUGUAACCCGUUGUAACCCCCUGUCACCCCUUGUAACCCCUUGUAACCCCCUGUAACCACUUGUAACCCCCUGUAUUCCCAUGUCAUAGAUCGUGAAAAUAAAUAGUGAAAAACGAUUUUUGACCUUUUAUAUAGCAAAAAAGCCUUUCUGAACAACGAAAACAUCGGUUUCAAAAAGCCACAAAAUUGACAUUUUUCCAAAGGGGUUAGUCCAUGGUUUUGGUCAAAAAUUUGAAAUUUUGUUAACGUUUCGUUUUAUGCAAAAAUACAGCGAGAAAAAGUAUUUGGUGACGUUCUCGUUAGAAAACAAGCCUUUCUAGACAAUAUAAACAUGGAUUUAAAAAGAAGGCAAAAUUGGCAUUUUUGCAAAGGGGAUAGUUUAUGAUUUUGGUCAAAAAGUUGAAGUUUUUCAUCUUUUGUGUUUAUCAAAAAUAGAUCGAGAAAAACUCUUUGCUGACGUUCUAGAUGAAAAAGAAGGCUUUAAAGACUAUAAAAACAACUGUUUAUGAAAAACGCAAAAUCAGAAUUUUUCCAAAGGGGUUAGUCCAUCGUUUAGGUGAAAAAUUUGAGAUUUCUUCAAGUUUGAUUUUUUAUGCAAGAUAGACCAAGAAAAAGUAUCUGGGAACGUUUUAGUUAGAAAAAAGUUUGUAUAAUCCUUUGUAACCCCCUGUGACCCCUUGUCACCCCCUGUCACCCCUGUCACCCCUUGUAACCCCUGUCACCCCUUGUAACCCCUUGUAACCCCUGUAACCGCUUGUAACCCCCUGUAUUCCUGUCUCAUAGAUCGUGAAAAUAAAUAGUGAAAAACGAUUUUCGACCUUUUAUAUAGCAAAAAAGCCUUUCUGAACAACGAAAACAUCGGUUUCAAAAAGCCACAAAAUUGACAUUUUUCCAUAGGGGUUAGUCCAUGGUUUUGGUCAAAAAUUGGAAAUUUUGUUAACGUUUCGUUUUAUGCAAAAAUACACCGAGAAAAAGUAUUUGGUGACGUUCUCGUUAGAAAACAAGCCUUUCUAGAGAAUAUAAACAUGGAUUUAAAAAGAAGGCAAAAUUGGCAUUUUUGCAAAGGGGAUAGUCCAUGAUUUUGGUCAAAAAGUUGAAGUUUUUUCAUCUUUUGUGUUUAUCAAAAAUAGAUCGAGAAAAACUCUUUGCUGACGUUCUAGAUAAAAAAGAAGCCUUUAAAGACUAUAAAAACAACUGUUUGUGAAAAACGCAAAAUUAGAAUUUUUCCAAAGGGGUUAGUCCAUCGUUUAGGUCAAAAAUUUGAGAUUUCUUCAACUUUGACUUUUUAUGCAAAAUAGACCAAGAAAAAGUAUCUGGAAACGUUCUAGUUAGAAAAAGGUUUCUAUAAUCCUUUGUAACCCCCUGUAACCCCUUGUCACCCCCUGUCACCCCUUGUAACCCCCUGUAACCUCUUGUAACCCGUUGUAACCCCCUGUCACCCCUUGUAACCCCCUGUAACCGCUUGUAACCCCCUGUAUUCCCAUGUCAUAGAUCGUGAAAAUAAAUAGUGAAAAACGAUUUUUGACCUUUUAUAUAGCAAAAAAGCCUUUCUGAACAACGAAAACAUCGGUUUCAAAAAGCCACAAAAUUGACAUUUUUCCAAAGGGGUUAGUCCAUGGUUUUGGUCAAAAUUUGAAAUUUUGUUAACGUUUCGCUUUAUGCAAAAAUACAGCGAAAAAAGUAUUUGGUGACGUUCUCGUUAGAAAACAACCCUUUCUAGACAAUAUAAACAUGGAUUUAAAAAGAAGGCAAAAUUGGCAUUUUUGCAAAGGGGAUAGUUUAUGAUUUUGGUCAAAAAGUUGAAGUUUUUCAUCUUUUGUGUUUAUCAAAAAUAGAUCGAGAAAAACUCUUUGCUGACGUUCUAGAUGAAAAAAAAAAAAGGCUUUAAAGACUAUAAAAACAACUGUUUAUGAAAAACGCAAAAUCAGAAUUUUUCCAAAGGGGUUAGUCCAUCGUUUAGGUGAAAAAUUUGAGAUUUCUUCAAGUUUGAUUUUUUAUGCAAGAUAGACCAAGAAAAAGUAUCUGGGAACGUUUUAGUUAGAAAAAGUUUGUAUAAUCCUUUGUAACCCCCUGUGACCCCUUGUCACCCCUGUCACCCCUGUCACCCCUUGUAACCCCUGUCACCCCUUGUAACCCCUUGUAACCCCUGUAACCGCUUGUAACCCCUGUAUUCCUGUCUCAUAGAUCGUGAAAAUAAAUAGUGAAAAACGAUUUUCGACCUUUUUAUAUAGCAAAAAGCCUUUCUGAACAACGAAAACAUCGGUUUCAAAAAGCCACAAAAUUGACAUUUUUCCAAGGUUUUGGUCAAAAAUUGGAAAUUUUGUUAACGUUUCGUUUUAUGCAAAAAUACAGCGAGAAAAAGUAUUUGGUGACGUUCUCGUUAGAAAACAAGCCUUUCUAGACAAUAUAAACAUGGAUUUAAAAAGAAGGCAAAAUUGGCAUUUUUGCAAAGGGGAUAGUCCAUGAUUUUGGUCAAAAAGUUGAAGUUUUUUCAUCUUUUGUGUUUAUCAAAAAUAGAUCGAGAAAAAGUGUUUGCUGACGUUCUAGAUAAAAAAGAAGCCUUUAAAGAAUAUAAAAACAACUGUUUAUGAAAAACGCAAAAUUAGAAUUUUUCCAAAGGGGUUAGUCCAUCGUUUUGGUCAAAAAUUUGAGAUUUCUUCAACUUUGACUUUUUAUGCAAAAUAGACCAAGAAAAAGUAUCUGGAAACGUUCUAGUUAGAAAAAGGUUUCUAUAAUCCUUUGUAACCCCCUGUAACCCCUUGUCACCCCCUGUCACCCCUUGUAACCCCCUGUAACCUCUUGUAACCCGUUGUAACCCCCUGUCACCCCUUGUAACCCCCUGUAACCGCUUGUAACCCCCUGUAUUCCCAUGUCAUAGAUCGUGAAAAUAAAUAGUGAAAAACGAUUUUUGACCUUUUAUAUAGCAAAAAAGCCUUUCUGAACAACGAAAACAUCGGUUUCAAAAAGCCACAAAAUUGACAUUUUUCCAAAGGGGUUAGUCCAUGGUUUUGGUCAAAAAUUUGAAAUUUUGUUAACGUUUCGUUUUAUGCAAAAAUACAGCGCGAAAAAGUAUUUGGUGACGUUCUCGUUAGAAAACAACCCUUUCUAGACAAUAUAAACAUGGAUUUAAAAAGAAGGCAAAAUUGGCAUUUUUGCAAAGGGGAUAGUUUAUGAUUUUGGUCAAAAAGUUGAAGUUUUUCAUCUUUUGUGUUUAUCAAAAAUAGAUCGAGAAAAACUCUUUGCUGACGUUCUAGAUGAAAAAGAAGGCUUUAAAGACUAUAAAAACAACUGUUUAUGAAAAACGCAAAAUUAGAAAUUUUCCAAAGGGGUUAGUCCAUCGUUUAGGUGAAAAAUUUGAGAUUUCUUCAAGUUUGAUUUUUUAUGCAAGAUAGACCAAGAAAAAGUAUCUGGGAACGUUUUAGUUAGAAAAAAGUUUGUAUAAUCCUUUGUAACCCCCUGUGACCCCUUGUCACCCCCUGUCACCCCCUGUCACCCCUUGUAACCCCCUGUCACCCCUUGUAACCCCUUGUAACCCCCUGUAACCGCUUGUAACCCCCUGUAUUCCUGUCUCAUAGAUCGUGAAAAUAAAUAGUGAAAAACGAUUUUCGACCUUUUAUAUAGCAAAAAAGCCUUUCUGAACAACGAAAACAUCGGUUUCAAAAAGCCACAAAAUUGACAUUUUUCCAAAGGGGUUAGUCCAUGGUUUUGGUCAAAAAUUGGAAAUUUUGUUAACGUUUCGUUUUAUGCAAAAAUACACCGAGAAAAAGUAUUUGGUGACGUUCUCAUUAGAAAACAAGCCUUUCUAGACAAUAUAAACAUGGAUUUAAAAAGAAGGCAAAAUUGGCAUUUUUGCAAAGGGGAUAGUCCAUGAUUUUGGUCAAAAAGUUGAAGUUUUUUCAUCUUUUGUGUUUAUUAAAAAUAGAUAAAAAAAAAGUGUUUGCUGACGUUCUAGAUAAAAAAGAAGGCUUUAAAGACUAUAAAAACAACUGUUUAUGAAAAACGGAAAAUUAGAAUUUUUCCAAAGGGGUUAGUCCAUCGUUUUGGUCAAAAAUUUGAGAUUUCUUCAACUUUGAUUUUUUAUACAAAAUACAGCAAGAAAAAGUAUCUGGGAACGUUCUAGUUAGAAAAAAGUUUCUAUAAUCCUUUGUAACCCCCUGUAACCCCUUGUCACCCCCUGUCACCCCUUGUAACCCCCUGUAACCCCUUGUAACCCGUUGUAACCCCCUGUCACCCCUUGUAACCCCCUGUAAGCGCUUGUAACCCCCUGUAUUCCCAUGUCAUAGAUCGUGAAAAUAAAUAGUGAAAAACGAUUUUUGACCUUUUAUAUAGCAAACAAGCCUUUGUGAACAACUAAAACAUUGGCUUCAAAAACCCACAAAAUUGACAUUUUUCCAAAGGGGUUAGUCCAUGGUUUUGGUCAAAAAUUGGAAAUUUUGUUAACGUUUCGUUUUAUGCAAAAUACACCGAGAGAAAGUAUUUGGUGACGUUCUCGUUAGAAAACAAGCCUUUCUAGACAAUAUAAACAUGGAUUUAAAAAGAAGGCAAAAUUGGCAUUUUCGCAAAGGCGAUAGUCCAUGAUUUUGGUGAAAAAGUUGAAGUUUUUUCAUCUUUUGUGUUUUUCAAAAAUAGAUCGAGAUAAAGUCUUUGCUGACGUUCUAGAUAAAAAAGAAGCCUUUAAAGACUAUAAAAACAACUGUUUAUGAAAAACGCAAAAUUAGAAUUUUUCCAAAGGGGUUAGUCCAUCGUUUAGGUCAAAAAUUUGAGAUUUCUUCAACUUUGAUUUUUUAUGCAAAAUAGACCAAGAAAUAGUAUCUGGGAACGUUCUAGUUAGAAAAAAGUUUCUAUAAUCCUUUGUAAUCCACUGUAACCCCCUGUCACCCCUUGUAACCCCUUGUAACCCCUGUAACCGCUUGUAACCCCUGUAUUCCCAUGUGAUAGAUGGUGAAAAUAAAUAGUGAAAAUGGAUUUUUAACCUUUUAUAUAGCAAAAAAGCCUUUCUUAACAACGAAAACAUCAGUUUCAAAAACCCACAAAAUUGACAUUUUUCCAAAGGGGUGAGUCCAUGGUUUUGGUUAAAAAUUUGAAAUUUUGUUAACGUUUCGUUUUAUGCAAAAAUACACCGAGAAAAAGAAUUUCGUGACGUUCUCGUUAAAAAACAAGCCUUUCUAGACAGUAUAAACAUGGAUUUAGAAAGAAGGAAAAAUUGGCAUUUUUGCAAAGGCGAUAGUCCAUAAUUUUGGUCAAAAAGUUGAAGUUUUUUCAUCUUUUGUGUUUUUCAAAAAUAGAUCGAGAAAAAGUGUUUGCUGACGUUCUAGAUAAAAAGGAAGCCUUUAAAGACUGUAAAAACAACUGUUUAUGAAAAACGCAAAAUUAAAAUUUUUCCAAAGGGGUUAGUCCAUCGUUUUGGUCAAAAAAUUUGACAUUUCUUCAACUUUGAUUUUUUAUACAAAAUAGACCAAGAAAAAGUAUCUGGGAACGUUCUAGUUAGAAAAAAGUUUCUAUAAUCCUUUGUAACCCCCGGUAACCCACUGUCACCCCUUCUAACCCCCUGUAACCCCUUGUAACCCCCUGUCACCCCCUGUAACCCCUUGUCACCCCUUGUAACCCCCUGUCACCCCUUGUAACCCUUUGUAACCCCCUGUAACCCCCUGUAUUCCCAUGUCAUAGAUCGUGAAAAUAAAUAGUGAAAAACGAUUUUUGACGUUUUAUAUAGCAAACAAGCCUUUGUGAACAACGAAAACAUCGGUUUAAAAAAGCCACAAAAUUGACAUUUUUCCAAAGGGGUUAGUCCAUGGUUUUGGUCAAAAAUUUGAAAUUUUGUUAACGUUUUGUUUUAUGCAAAAAUACACCGAGAAAAAGUAUUUGGUGACGUUCUCGUUAGAAAACAAGCUUUUCUAGACAAUAUAAACAUGGAUUUAAAAAGAAGGCAAAAUUAGCAUUUUUGCAAAGGGGAUAGUCCAUGAUUUUGGUCAAAAAGUUGAAGUUUUUUCAUGUUUUGUGUUUAUCAAAAAUAGAUCGAAAAAAAGUGUUUUUUGACGUUCUAGAUAAAAAAGAAGCCUUUAAAGACUAUAAAAACAACUGUUUAUAAAAAACAAAAUAAGAAUUUUUCCAAAGGGGUUAGUCCAUCGUUUUGGUCAAAAAUUUGAGAUUUCUUCAAGUUUGAUUUUUUAUACAAAAUAGAGCAAGAAAAAGUAUCUGGGAACGUUCUAGUUAGAAAAAAGUUUCUAUAAUCCUUUGUAACCCCCUGUAACCCCUUGUCACCCCCUGUCACCCCUUGUAACCCCCUGUAACCCCUUGUAACCCUUUGUAACCUCUUGUAACCCCUUGUAACCCCUUGUCACCCCCUCUCACCCCUUGUAACCCCCUGUAACCCCUUGUAACCCCUUGUAACCCCCUGUAACCCCUUCUAACCCCCUGUAUUCCCAUGUCAUAGAUCGUGAAAAUAAAUAGUGAAAAACGAUUUUUGAUCUUUUAUAUAGCAAACAAGCCUUUCUGAACAACGAAAACAUCGGUUUCAAAAACCCACAAAAUUGACAUUUUUCCAAAGGGGUUAGUCCAUGGUUUUGGUCAAAAAUUGGAAAUUUUGUUAACGUUUCGUUUUAUGCAAAAAUACACCGAGAAAAAGUAUUUGCUGACGUUCUCGUUAGAAAACAAGCCUUUCUAGACAAUAUAAACAUGGAUUUUAAAAGAAGGCAAAAUUGGCAUUUUUGCAAAGAGGAUAGUCAAUGAUUUUGGUCAAAAAGUUGAAGUUUUUUCAUCUUUUGUGUUUAUCAAAAAUAGAUCGAAAAAAAGUGUUUGCUGACGUUCUAGAUAAAAAAGAAGCCUUUAAAGACUAUAAAAACAAUUGUUUAUGAAAAACGCAAAGUUAGAGUUUUUCCAAAGGGGUUAGUCCAUCGUUUUGGUCAAAAAUUUGAGAUUUCUUCAACUUUGAUUUUUUAUACAAAAUAGACCAGGAAAAAGUAUCUGCGAACGUUGUAGUUAGAAAAAAGUUUCUAUAAUCCUUUGUAACCCCCUGUCACCCCUUGUCACCCCCUGUAACCCUUUGUAACCCCCUGUCACCCCCUGUAACCCCUUGUAACCCCUUGUAACCCCCUGUCACCCCUUGUAACCCCCUCUAACCCCUUGUAAUCUCUUGUAACCCCUGUCACCCCUUGUAACCCCUUGUAACCCCCUGUAUUCCCAUGUCAUAGAUCGUGAAAAUAAAUAGUGAAAAACGAUUUCUGACCUUUUAUAUAGCAAAAAAGGCUCUCUGAACAACGAAAACAUCGGUUUCAAAAAGCCACAAAAUUGACAUUUUUCCAAAGGGGUUAGUCCAUGGUUUUGGUCAAAAAUUUGAAAUUUUGUUAACGUUUCGUUUUAUGCAAAAAUACACCGAGAAAAAGUAUUUGGUGACGUUCUCGUUAGAAAACAAGCCUUUCUAGAGAAUAUAAACAUGGAUUUAAAAAGAAGGCAAAAUUGGCAUUUUCGCAAAGGGGAUAGUCCAUGAUUUUGGUCAAAAAGUUGAAGUGUUUAUCAAAAAUAGAUCGAAAAAAACUCUUUGCUGACGUUCUAGAUAAAAAAGAAGCCUUUAAAGACUAUAAAAACAACUGUAUGUGAAGAAACGCAAAAUUAGAAUUUUUCCAAAGGGGUUAAUCCAUCGUUUAGGUCAAAAAUUUGAGAUUUCUUCAACUUUCAUUUUUUAUGCAAAAUAGAGCAAGUAAGAGUAUCUGGGAACGUUCUAGUUAGAAAAAAGUUUCUAUAAUCCUUUGUAACCCCUGUAACCUCUUGUCACCCCCUGUCACCCCUUGUAACCCCCUGUAACCUCUUGUAACCCGUUGUAACCCCCUGUCACCCCUUGUAACCCCUUGUAACCCCCUGUAACCGCUUGUAACCCCCUGUAUUCCCAUGUCAUAGAUCGUGAAAAUAAAUAGUGAAAAACGAUUUUUGACCUUUUAUAUAGCAAAAAAGGCUCUCUGAACAACGGAAACAUCGGUUUCAAAAAGCCACAAAAUUGACAUUUUUCCAAAGGGGUUAGUCCAUGGUUUUGGUCAAAAAUUUGAAAUUUUGUUAACGUUUCGUUUUAUGCAAAAAUACACCGAAAAAAGGUAUUUGGUGACGUUCUCGUUAGAAAAGAACCCUUUUUAGACAAUAUAAACAUGGAUUUAAAAAGAAGGCAAAAUUGGCAUUUUUGCAAAGGGGAUAGUCCAUGAUUUUGGUCAAAAAGUUGAAGUUUUUUCAUCUUUUGUGUUUAUCAAAAAUAGAUCGAAAAAAAGUGUUUGCUGACGUUCUAGAUAAAAAAGAAGCCUUUAAAGACUAUAAAAACAAUUGUUUAUGAAAAACGCAAAGUUAGAAUUUUUCCAAAGGGGUUAGUCCAUCGUUUUGGUCAAAAAUUUGACAUUUCUUCAACUUUGAUUUUUUAUACAAAAUAGACCACGAAAAAGUAUCUGGGAACGUUCUAGUUAGAAAAAAGUUUCUAUAAUCCUUUGUAACCCCCUGUCACCCCCUUUCACCCCCUGUAACCCCUUGUAACCCCCUGUAACCCUUUGUAACCCCCUGUCACCCCUUGUAACCCCCUGUAACCCCUUGUAACCUCUUGUAACCCCUGUCACCCCUUGUAACCCCUUGUAACCCCUUGUAACCCCUUGUAUUCCCAUGUCAUAGAUCGUUAAAAUAAAUAGUGAAAAACGAUUUUUUACGUUUUAUAUAGCAAACAAGCCUUUGUGAACAAGGAAAACAUCGGUUUCAAAAACCCACAAAAUUGACAUUUUUCCAAAGGGGUUAGUCCAUGGUUUUGGUCAAAAAUUUGAAAUUUUGUUAACGUUUCGUUUUAUGCAAAAUACACCGACAAAAAGUAUUUGGUGACGUUCUCGUUAGAAAACAAGCGUUUCUAGAGAAUAUAAACAUGGAUUUAAAAAGAAGGCAAAAUUGGCAUUUUCGCAAAGGGGAUAGUCCAUGAUUUUGGUCAAAAAGUUGAAGAUUUUUCAUCUUUUGUGUUUAUCAAAAAUAGAUCGAGAAAAACUCUUUGCUGACGUUCUAGAUAAAAAAGAAGCCUUUAAAGACUAUAAAAACAACUGUUUGUGAAAAACGCAAAAUUAGAAUUUUUCCAAAGGGGUUAGUCCAUCGUUUAGGUCAAAAAUUUGAGAUUUCUUCAACUUUGAUUUUUUAUGCAAAAUAGAGCAAGAAAAAGUAUCUGGCAACGUUCUAGUUAGAAAAAAGUUUCUAUAAUCCUUUGUAACCCCUGUAACCUCUUGUCAAGCAAGCAAGCCUUGUCCAUGAUUUUGGUCAAAAAGUUGAAGUUUUUUCAUGUUUUGUGUUUAUCAAAAAUAGAUCGAAAAAAAGUGUUUGCUGACGUUCUAGAUAAAAGAGAAGCCUUUAGAGACUAUAAAAACAACUGUUUAUGAAAAACGCAAAACUAGAAUUUUCCAUCGUUUUGGUCAAAAAAUUUGACAUUUCUUCAACUUUGAUUUUUUAUACAAAAUAGACCAAGAAAAAGUAUCUGGGAACGUUCUAGUUAGAAAAAAGUUUCUAUAAUCCUUUGUAACCCCCUGUAACCCCCUGUCACCCCUUGUAACCCCCUGUAACCCCUUGUAACCCCCUGUCACCCCCUGUAACCCCUUGUAACCCCUUGUAACCCCCUGUGACCCCUUGUAACCCCCUCUAACCCCUUGUAACCUCUUGUAACCCCUGUCACCCCUUGUAACCCCUUGUAACCCCCUGUAUUCCCAUGUCAUAGAUCGUGAAAAUAAAUAGUGAAAAACGAUUUUUGACCUUUUAUAUAGCAAAAAAGGCUCUCUGAACAACGAAAACAUCGGUUUCAAAAAGCCACAAAAUUGACAUUUUUCCAAAGGGGUUAGUCCAUGGUUUUGGUCAAAAAUUGGAAAUUUUGUUAACGUUUCGUUUUAUGCAAAAAUACAGCGCGAAAAAGUAUUUGGUGACGUUCUCGUUAGAAAACAAGCCUUUCUAGACAAUAUAAACAUGGAUUUAAAAAGAAGGCAAAAUUGGCAUUUUCGCAAAGGGGAUAGUCCAUGAUUUUGGUCAAAAAGUUGAAGAUUUUUCAUCUUUUGUGUUUAUCAAAAAUAGAUCGAGAAAAACUCUUUGCUGACGUUCUAGAUAAAAAAGAAGCCUUUAAAGACUAUAAAAACAACUGUUUGUGAAAAACGCAAAAUUAGAAUUUUUCCAAAGGGGUUAGUCCAUCGUUUAGGUCAAAAAUUUGAGAUUUCUUCAACUUUGAUUUUUUAUGCAAAAUAGAGCAAGAAAAAGUAUCUGGCAACGUUCUAGUUAGAAAAAAGUUUCUAUAAUCCUUUGUAACCCCUGUAACCUCUUGUCAAGCAAGCAAGCCUUGUCCAUGAUUUUGGUCAAAAAGUUGAAGUUUUUUCAUGUUUUGUGUUUAUCAAAAAUAGAUCGAAAAAAAGUGUUUGCUGACGUUCUAGAUAAAAAAGAAGCCUUUAAAGACUAUAAAAACAACUGUUUAUGAAAAACGCAAAAUUAGAAUUUUCCAUCGUUUUGGUCAAAAAAUUUGACAUUUCUUCAACUUUGAUUUUUUAUACAAAAUAGACCAAGAAAAAGUAUCUGGGAACGUUCUAGUUAGAAAAAAGUUUCUAUAAUCCUUUGUAACCCCCUGUAACCCCCUGUCACCCCUUGUAACCCCCUGUAACCCCUUGUAACCCCCUGUCACCCCCUGUAACCCCUUGUAACCCCUUGUAACCCCCUGUCACCCCUUGUAACCCCCUCUAACCCCUUGUAACCUCUUGUAACCCCUGUCACCCCUUGUAACCCCUUGUAACCCCCUGUAUUCCCAUGUCAUAGAUCGUGAAAAUAAAUAGUGAAAAACGAUUUUUGACCUUUUAUAUAGCAUAAAAGGCUCUCUGAACAACGAGAACAUCGGUUUCAAAAAGCCACAAAAUUGACAUUUUUCCAAAGGGGUUAGUCCAUGGUUUUGGUCAAAAAUUGGAAAUUUUGUUAACGUUUCGUUUUAUGCAAAAAUACAGCGCGAAAAAGUAUUUGGUGACGUUCUCGUUAGAAAACAAGCCUUUCUAGAGAAUAUAAACAUGGAUUUAAAAAGAAGGCAAAAUUGGCAUUUUCGCAAAGGGGAUAGUCCAUGAUUUUGGUCAAAAAGUUGAAGUGUUUAUCAAAAAUAGAUCGAGAAAAACUCUUUGCUGACGUUCUAGAUAAAAAAGAAGCCUUUAAAGACUAUAAAAACAACUGUUUGUGAAAAACGCAAAAUUAGAAUUUUUCCAAAGGGGUUAAUCCAUCGUUUAGGUCAAAAAUUUGAGAUUUCUUCAACUUUCAUUUUUUAUGCAAAAUAGAGCAAGAAAAAGUAUCUGGGAACGUUCUAGUUAGAAAAAAGUUUCUAUAAUCCUUUGUAACCCCUGUAACCUUUUGUCACCCCCUGUCACCCCUUGUAACCCCCUGUAACCUCUUGUAACCCCUUGUAACCCCCUGUCACCCCUUGUAACCCCUUGUAACCCCCUGUAACCGCUUGUAACCCCGUGUAUUCCCAUGUCAUAGAUCGUGAAAAUAAAUAGUGAAAAACGAUUUUUGACCUUUUAUAUAGCAAAAAAGGCUUUCUGAACAACGAAAACAUCGGUUUCAAAAACCGACGAAAGUGACAUUUUUCCAAAGGGGUUAGUCCAUGGUUUUGGUCAAAAAUUGAAAAUGUUCUUAACGUUUCGUUUUAUGCAAAAUACACCGAGAAAAAGUAAAACAUGGAUUUAAAAAGAAAGCAAAAUUGGCAUUUUUGCAAAGGGGAUAGUUCCUGAUUUUGGUCAAAAAGUUGAAGUUUUUUCAUCUUUUGUGUUUAUUAAAAAUAGAUAAAAAAAAAAGUGUUUGCUGACGUUCUAGAUAAAAAAGAAGGCUUUAAAGACUAUAAAAACAACUGUUUAUGAAAAAGGCAAAAUUAGAAUUUUUCCAAAGGCGUUAGUCCAUCGUUUUGCUCAAAAAAUUUGAGAUUUCUUCAACUUUGAUUUUUUAUACUAAAUAGAGCAAGAAAAAGUAUCUGGGAACGUUCUAGUUAGAAAAAAGUUUCUAUAAUCCUUUGUAACCCCCUGUAUCCCCCUGUCACCCCUUGUAACCCCCUGUAACCCCUUUUAACCCCCUGUCACCCCUUGUAACCCCCUCUAACCCCUUGCAACCUCUUGUAACCCCUGUCACCCCUUGUAACCCCUUGUAAUCCCCCGUAUUCCCAUGUCAUAGAUCGUGAAAAUAAAUAGUGUUAAACGAUUUUUUACGUUUUAUAUAGCAAACAAGCCUUUCUGGACAACGAAAACAUUGGUUUCAAAAAGCGACAAAAUUGACAUUUUUCCAAAGGGGUUAGUCCAUCGUUUUGGUCAAAAAUUUGAGAUUUCUUCAACUUUGAUUUUUUAUGCAAAAUAGACCAAGAAAAAGUACCUGGGAACGUUCUAGUUAGAAAAAAGUUUCUAUAAUCCUUUGUAACCCCCGGUAACCCCUUGUCACCCCCUGUCACCCCUUGUAACCCCCUGUAACCGCUUGUAACCCGUUGUAACCCCCUGUCACCCCUUGUAACCCCUUGUAAACCCCUGUAACCGCUUGUAACCCCCUGUAUUCCCAUGUCAGGGUUUUGUUAGUCUUAGGGUACUUUUGUAUGACUGCUAUUUCUGUCUUGAAUGAGAUUCUCUCAUAACUUUAUUGUGAUGAGCGAGAUGGGGAUAGACCUCCCCGAACAGUCAGAGUAAACCGUCACGCAGCACACACUAAAUGAGCCUCUGAGUGGUGUUAUGUCUAUGAAUUUAUGGUAUGUUGUCUUUUUAACUGUCCCUCUUAGUCCUGUUGUGUGACCAUUCAAAUGUGUUCUUGGUAGAAAGCGGAUUAGAGGGCCAAGACGAACAUUAUAAUUGCCAGUUGAUUAAGCUAACUCAAUAUCUUUGCACCCAUGUCGUAUAUUCAUCCAUCACCAUUCUUUUUCAUUCAUGUUGAGAGGCCAUCUUCCCUGGUUUAUCUUCAGGCUGCCAUUGAAAAUUGUUGUCAUUUCAGAUGAUUUUGUUCUCAAUUGGUUUGGCGCUUGGUCCACUGGUGUGCUGUAUCAAGUUGGCAAGAAGAUCACUAGUACUUGGAAAAAUCCAAUGUAAGUACAAGAUAUUCCGAAGAACAAAGAUAUGGCAAAAAAUAUCUAAUGAAACCAUCAUUAAAAACGGUAGUCGCGAUCCUGGAGUCCUCGACUGCUAAAAGUGAUUACGUCACAAGUGGUAGAAGGGACGAGGAUCUGCACAGGCAGUUCAGGGGCGAAUGGGUCAAUGGAAAAUUUUACGCCGUAGUCCUGCAGAAAUGUGGCCAAAAGUUUGAUGCAUGUGCAGAAUUGUUGUUGUUGUUGCUGUUGUUAGUUAUUAAAAAAGCGCUUUAUCUGAACACGAAAGUACUAACUGAGGACACAAAUUGUACAUCUCCUACUAGAGAUGGGACCUCCAUUUUUUGUGGUUAUCAGACCCACGCGAUGGCAGUACCUUCAUUGCUCAGUUAUUGUGGAGCUCUCAGAGUAUUGGUCCAGUCCCAAGGAUUGAACCCACGACCUCCCGCAUUGAAAUCAAAGUUUUUAUUAGCCGUCGCCGUCGUAGUCGCUUGAGCUCGCAAUUGAAGUGAUCAUCGUAGAAUUAUAUUAAUAAAAGGGCCUUUUUGGAUACGUAUAGGGUUGUGUACUAUCUGGUUUGAUGACAACUGUAUGUUAUUCUCUUUUUGCUUUUUCACACAGUACACUCCUCCAGACUACUUACCCAAAGUGUAUGAAGACCUUCCAAUGUCACCCACUCACAGAGAAACUGUCAUCAACACGUUUUUGUACGUUCAUCAAACGCUACACCAAGCCAAGGAGCGCUUAG